AUUUGACAUGUAUGUCUUGGCUUCUAAUUCUUCUCUCGACAUUUGUUGUUAUCAUCUCUAGACACGCAUCUACACACAUCUGCAGAAUUUUGGCUGGACCCCAAACAAUCGCCAUGGCUGCCGCAAGAGAAUUGGAGGACUACCUCCAAUCCGGGAGGUACAAAGAUGGAUUGAGCAAGUGCAACAAGCUGUUGAAAAAGUCUCCUGCGAACAAUCAGCUUCUGUACUUCAAGGCAAACUUUCUGUUCAGCAUGAUGCAACUGGAUGAGGGCAAUCAGAUUCUGGAUCAGCUUUGUAGUAGGAACCCUCCUAUCGUGGAUCUUAAUCUGAUUUCGGAUGUGGAUGAGUUGGCUACAAUGGCUGUGAUGGAUGAUUAUCCACGUCCUCUGAGCAAUGGUCCACGUGCUGGCAAAUUAUGGACGAAUGCGACGAAUGCUGCAGGCAAGAAUGGUGUGAUCGCUAUCAACCAGAAGAGAUUCACAAUCGCUGUAAGCGAGCAAAGAUGGCAGGAUGCCGCUACGAAGGCCGACCCUGCUAAUAAAAAGUACAAACUCGCUCAUAUCGCCAUUCAACAACUUCUCAGUGAGGCAGACAAGGACGAAAAGGUGGCUGGCAUGAACCGCAUUCUUGCUUUCCGAACUUUGAAGCAACUACCCGUUGAAGAUUCUGCACAAUUGAGACUUAUGAUGAACCUCUACCGAAGACAGGGUCAGAAGAAAGACAUGAUUGAAGUGCUGGACUCAUUCAAGGACAAGACAGACGACAAAUUGGCCAAGCAGAUCAUGACCGAUUGGCCUUUUACCAGAGAGAAGAUUCAACUGUAUAUCGCAGAGUCUCGUUGGCAGGAACUUUUCGACCUAUGCUCUUCUUUGCUUGGGAAAAGCUCUGUGGAAGGUGCAUUGAGAGUCAGAGACGAUUGGGUCGUUUGGGAUGGUCUGGUGAAGGCUGCUUCCAAGCUCGGGAAGGAAGAUGCCAUACCUACCAUUGACGAGAAAGACGACUGGAGAAUCAAGCGACUACAGAUGAUGGCCAAGGUACAGGCUACUGCUCUCUCAGAAGCAGAGACAGAUACAGACGUAAAGUCCCAAAAGACAUUGCAGUCUGCAAAGGAAUUUUUCACCGAGUGGCAGUCAUACCCAUUCUGCUAUGGCGAUAUCAAGGAAUUUGUGGAUGGCCUGUCAAAUGAAGCUCAGCAAAAUUUCUUGAAACACGUUUCUGAGUCAUCACUGAAGCUAUCAAGUCCUGACGACAAGAAGUCAGCGAAGGAGAAACCAGGGNNUUCGGAUCUACUAACUGCUGAGAUCAACUCAUUGAAGUUCAACUACCGUAUUAACAUCGGAGUUGCGAAACCAGAGGCAGAGGUUAUUAAAAACUUUGCUUGCGAGUGUAUCCGACUCAUGGAGACCAGCUCUCAGAAAAAGUUGCGCCUGUCAGAUGCUUGCUACUUGGCUGUUGCAGCGCUCAUUCGACUUUACGAACUCGAGCAGGACAUCACGUAUCUCUUCCAAGCAGCAUAUCUCCUCGAGACUGGACCUGUCACUGAGGAUGCACACCCUGGUAAAGUUUUGCUCGUAUAUCUCGAAACUGAACUCGGCCUACACUCUCUGGCUAUGAAACAGUAUGCCAGUCUGCGUGUUAGGGAAAUCCAGCAAGAGACUAUUGCCCACUCUCUCUUGACUAGGGUAUCUAUCAAUCAUCCUUUCGCACUUGACCAAAGAGGUGAGGCAUCAGUCGAUCCCUACGAGAUUAUCGACAACGCCUUAGACAUGUUUUUUGCCACCGACAAGAAACUCGCACACUCUCAGUCGUCACUUAUGAAGCAAGGACAAUGCGAUCUGGUUCUCGAACUGCAAGAGCUGCGCGAUACUCUUGAGCACAGCUUUACCAGGCGCAUGCUCAUUCUUGAGCAAUGCAGAAUGGCUCGCUUGACAGACAAUCCCUUCCAUCCUCGCACUCCCGAUAUCCGCCCAAGCGUUCUAGAGUACUGGACUCAGAACCUUAAGGAUAGCAGAGAUUACGCGGAAACUUUCAACCUUGACGGUUUCGGAACCGAAAGCACUCCUGAGCGCAGAUUACACAGCGGAGGCAAGAUUCCUAACGUUAAUUGGAUCUCACAGGCUAUCGUUAGCGAAGAUGUGUGGGCUUUGCUUUCUAACAGGCCUACAGUCUGCUCUAAGCCAAGCAAUGUAACAGAAGAGGAAGCUGCUGCAUUCACAGAGGCAGGCAGUAAUGAGCUUACACCGACAGAAAAGUCUCUUGCAAAGCCAUGGGCACAACUACUUCAAGCAACAAAGUCGCUUCUGGGCACUAACGAGACCAAGCCUGAUGCUGGUCUGCUCGACCGUUUGGCCACAUCCAUUCAGCAGCUAUCCACAUCAGACAUUCUUGGCAUGCAGAAGUCAUCUGGCUUGCCCCCAUCAAGCUACACGCUGCAGCCCUAUUUCCUGCUACUUGAUCUGAUCCGCAGUGCUGCGUUCUUCUGCAACGUCGCAACCGAGGUAGAGAAGAAGAAGCGUCAAGGCAACCGCCUGCCACCACAGCCCAUCCAGCGUAUUCGUGAUGCUGUGGCCAAGCANCUUGCAGCUCUGCAGACACUCGCACGUGAACAGAAAGCCAAGAUUGACGGAAGGGAUAUGGUACAAGCAUUGCGCGAGGGAGCGACUGGUGAUGCUAUGGCUGAGGCUCAGUUCUUGAGCCAGGGUAUCAGAGCAUUUGCUACCAAGGCUGAGGCAAGUGCUCUAGAUGCUUGGGAAGGAGUGUUGAAGGUCAGAUUAGGGCUCAAA